AUGACACGGAGCUGGGAGCCGGGCCAGUGCAAGUGGCGUGACGGCAAGGAGGCGGCGCUGUGUGUCAACGCGUCGCUGGUGGAGGUGCCGUCCGGGCUCGACGCCGGCACGCAGGUGCUCCGGCUGGACGGCAACCGGCUGCAGGUGCUGACGGCGGACACGUUCAGCCGCCGGGGUCUGCUCCACCUGCAGCGGCUCUCGCUGGCCGCCUGCCGGCUCGGCCACAUCGACCAGCGCGCCUUCGCCGGCCUGGCGAACCUGGUGCAGCUGGACUUGAGCCGCAACCUGCUGCUGCUGGUGCCGUCCGACUCGCUGAAGCGGCUGGUCGGCCUGCGCGAGCUGCGGCUAGGCAACAACUUGAUCACGCGCCUGUGGCUACGGCUGGACAACAACCGGCUCACCACGCUGCCUGCUGACAGCCUGACGCCGCUGGCGAGCGUGCGCGAGCUCCACCUGCACGGCAACGCGUGGUCGUGCGACUGCCGGGUGCGGCCGCUGAAGCGCUGGCUGGAGAGGACGCGACCCUCGCACGCCGAGGAGCCGCGCUGCGCCGAGCCGCUGCGGCUGCGGGACGCGCCGUUCGGCACCGUCCGGCUGGGCCAGUUCUCGUGUCCGCCGGUCAUCCGACAGGGCGCGCGCCGCCACCAGGCCUGGGCCGGCGACAACGUGACGCUUUCGAGAAAAACCAGCAUGCUGACCAUCCAGGCGGUGCGCGCCGCCGCCGCCGGCCGCUACAUCUGCGAGGCGCGCAACUCGGCAGGCCGCGUCACGCGGCCCGUCACGGUCAGCGUGACGGAACGGGAGGGCGUUACGCACCUGACGCUGAAGCUGGACCGCGGCCUGCUGCUGGGCGCGCUCGUCGUCGGCCUGCUGCUCAGUCUGGCCUGCGUCCGCCACAACCCGUACACGUACCACGCGGUGCAGCUGGAUCGCUACCUGCUCGAGUACCGCUCGCUGCAGGACCAGCUGGCCGCCAUGCAGCGCAGCUGCCACAACCUGUCGACGGACCGGCGGCGCAGCCAGCAGGGCCUCAAGCCCAUCUUGAAAAGUCACGAGCACGUGACUGGCACGGCUCAGGCGCCGGUGGUGCGCAGAGCGCCGUACUUCGCGGCCACCGACACGUAUUUUUCUUACAGCGAGAGCUAG